UGUCAGCGUCAGUACGCUGCAGUGUUGGAAAGUGGACGACUGAGAGAGGAACCUGCAUUGGGGAGAAAUCGUGAUCUCGAUCACCGCCCGCUCGAUGGAACCUUCUCCUCUUCCUUCUGCUUCUUCUUCUCCUCCUCCUGCUCCUUCUCCUCUUCCUUUUCCUCCUUCUCCUGCUCCUGCUUCUCCUGCUCCUGCUUCUUCUGCUCCUCCGUCUUCUUCUCCUGCUUCUCCUCCUCGCUCAAACGUGCAGAGCGAAGCGGAGGAGAAACCGUACGCGCGUGACGUUUGCGAGUACAGGACGUGCUCCCGCUACAUGCUGAAGACUCGCAUACGAACGCACACGGGAGAGAAACCGUACGCGUGCGAUACGUGCGGGUAUCGGUGCUCUCAGCUCAGUGGCUUACAGGCACACGCACGCACGCACACGGGAGAGAAACCGUACGCGUGCGAUGUGUGUGAGUACAGGUGUUUGCGGCCGGCGAGUCUUCAGAUCCACGCACGCACGCACACGGGAGAGAAACCUUACGCGUGCGACAUAUGCGGCUCUGCCUACACCACCUCAGGCACCCUCAGGAAGCACUUUCUCAUGCACACGGGCCAGAAACCGUACGCGUGUGACGUGUGCGAGUACAGUACUUGGUUCCGCGACAACCUGAAGCGUCACGCGCGCACGCACACGGGAGAGAAACCGUACACGUGCGACAUAUGCGGCUCCGCCUACACCACCUCCGGCAGCCUCAAGAAGCACUUUCUCACGCACACGGGCGAGCAACCUUACGCGUGCGACGCGUGCGAGUACAGGACGUGCGACCACAACAGCCUGAAGACUCACAUGCAAACACACAUGGGAGAGAAACCGUACGCGUGCGAUGUAUGCGAGUACAGGUGUUCUCGGCUGACGCAUCUCCACAGACACGCGCGCACGCACACGGGAUACACGUGCGACAUAUGCGAAUACAGGUGUAGGACCGCCAGCGACCUCAAGGUGCACUUUCUCUCGCACUGGCACACGGGAGAGAAACCGUACGCGUGUGACAUCUGCUCUUUCAGGGGCUUAUCCUCGGCCGCUUUCUCGAAACACAUGCGCACGCAGUCGCACCGACGAAAAGCCACGUACAAUCAAUCGUGAGUGAUGUGAUGGAUGCGGGUUAAACAGCUAAUUCGUCAGACAUUAAACGUGUGGAUAUGGACGCACUCUCUCCAGUAGACUCCAGUGACGUACACUCAGACUUGUAUAAGAGAAGAAUUCCUGAAAGGCGAUGUGCAUGCAAUCAGGGGUGAUGUGACUGACAUUCUACCGAUUAAACAGUUAAUAAGCCAGUUCGUAGUUACGCACUGGCGCCCUAUGAUGUCAUCGGGUCAUAGGUCAUUUGUACAUAGCUGAAAAGUUGGAUCGCACGUUUGCUCGUAUGCUUGAUAAUACUUGCCGUAUACUACGUAAUAUGCAUGAAUGCUAUACAGAAAUUAUGUAAAAGCGUGCGUGCGUUUGUUUUCUGUACUGAACUGAACGACUAUCUGCCUGUGCUUUUUU